ACCAAAACAAGCUUAGGUACCUGUUAGACACUUAUGUGAGGUAUUAUGUAAUCUGGAACAAACCAAAAUGCGCAACUAUGAUUUACCUAGGUAACCUAGUACCUAACCUAAAGGUUAGCUUCCUUCAUUUCAACAUGAUUCCCAUCAACGUCGACAUUACCUAUUUUUAAUACGAAAUCUAUAAGACGACCCUACUAUAAUGUCUUGGGAUUCUAAAUCCGCCGUUAGACGACGGCAAAAUAGCUCUGUGAGCUCUUCUAGAUCAUUGCCGCACCAUAUAAGACAGCAGUCGAAGCAACCUCUACAGCCAAAAUCUCCUCAUGUUACCGACCCAUUCCUCCAAAGCUUCCUCGCCCCGUCGUUUGAUCCGGCCGAAUAUCUUAAUUCCUCACUUCCAACACUCCAAACCGCAACGUCCUCAUCCUCAACUCGAACAACGGAUGGUGCGGUUCCCUUAGCAGAACUAUCCAGUCAAGCUCAGACGCAACUCUCCCAAUUGAAUGCCCAUACGACAAGGUUGACCACUAUUCUCACGCAAUUGACCGACGAUAUAUUACGGAGCGGGAGCCGCCUAGCAUACGAGGUUGAACUCCUGCGCGGUGAGACGUUAAGCCUAUCGGAGACAUUGUCUGAUGGUUUACAAGAAGAGAUCGCAAGGUUCAUUCCGAAAGGUACACAAGAACAACCAAAUACCAAAACAAACGGAGCUGUUACGGCCACUGAGAGACGACCCCCAGAGGCGACAGCUCCCAUAAGCCUAGAAUCUAUUCCACAAAAUAGCACCAGUCUAGACCCACCAUAUAUAAGUCAACUGCAAACCUUGACAUUAGUACGUUCAAGAUUGGACACCGUGGUUAAAACAUUUGGUGAAGCUAUGGAAUUCGUGUUCCCCCCUUCUGAGCUUUCCGUCAGCUCGUCAUUCCUCUCCGUCUCAGCACCGGAGCCAGGGGUAGAAGCGCACAGCACAGAAGAAAAAGGACAACAAGUACUCAAGCAGCUGAAGGAAGAUAUAUCAACCUUGCUCACGAGAAGUACCGAUCCUGUUGAAGGGAUAGAGAAGGCUGCACGCCGUAUUGAAGAGCUUAAGGAGCUAACAAAAGUAUGGAAUGGAACAGCAGAGGAGAAAGGAAGGACGAAAUUCAUUGAAGGUCUCGCCAAAAUGGUCGAGGAUCGGCAUAAGGAAUUACUGAAGGAGGUGGAGCAAAAUGGCCGCCAAGAUGGCAAGGCAGAUUUGGAUAACAGUUCUAAGAAAGCUGCUGCUGCUGCUAGCUCAGACGGAGGCGGCGCGGAGAACAAACCCCUGUAUGGAAUAAUGAGCCAGUUACAGAGGCUCCGGGCUGGCCUACAAUGAUUCAAAAGGUCAAACCCUCAAGUGUGUAGUAUUUGAUUGUGAUCUGAGCUACGCGGAUAUGCGUGGAUGGCUGAAUUUGUGUAAUAAUGUUUCAGGAGCCGAUCAGGACAUAUGUUGCCUAUAGGAACGAAACAGUUGUGAGUAGUAGGCUGUUUGCUCUGCUCCCAUUUGUAGGCUUUCCACGAGUUGCAAUAAGCAAGUAACGUGCUUCCCAUGCCAUCGAUGGUUGUGUUGGACGGCUGCAUCUUAAAGUCCGCCUUAACUCAGUCCUUCUCAAUGCUAC